GAGACAAGUGAGUUGAUAUUUUUUUAAAAGGAAUUUUCCUCACUGAUUAUGUCAGCAGAAGAUUUGCUUGAAACGGGUAAAGCAUGUACUUUCUAUGAAAUUUUUGGUCACGGGUGUUCCAAGCCAGAAUAUAAAAUAUCAGGGUAUUUGGGAAAGCUUUCAUCACAUCAGAAGUCAUGGUCUCAGCUGCUGGCAAAUACAGCAGGAGAAGGAAUUGUGAAGACUUUGAUCCAUCAGCGAUGGAUGGUUUUUUCAGAACUCACCUGCAAACUGUUCUGCUUCAAAGACAAAGAUUGCACUCAAUACCUGGGAGCAAUCAGCAUUGCUUCAGCCACUUUUAAUUAUGAUCCUGAAGAUCCUCAUGGAAUUUUCAGCAUCUUGUGUGAUGGUGAAACGCAUUAUUUUGCUGCUGGUGAUGACAGUUCCCGACAAUGGUGGUUGGAGAGUUUGCAGGAGGGCAAAGUCCGCUUCAUGAGUCGUUGUCAGGAGGAUGGCGCAUCCACAACCAUUCAGUGGUACACAAGUUUACCAAGUUCACCUCCUCCAGAACUGUCCCGAUCCAAACUAGUUGAUGUGUUACAAAGUUCAAAGAGCAAAGUGGCUCUUGGUUUACGAGCCUCUGCAAAAAAACUUUCUCCUCACGCAAUAUUUAAUAACCCUGAGAAGACCAAAGCCUUCCCUCGGACUCUCAGUCAUGAAAGCCUGAAUACUGGCAAGCAUGAAGUGAUUCUGAGGGAUCCACAGUUUGGCGGGAGGCCCGAGCGUCCAAGAACUGUCCAUUUGCUUGAGCAUAGCCAAGACCAGGGCAGGAAUGGGUUGGUUUCUAAUGGCCGCUGUGAAUGUAUUAAACCUUCAAAUGGGAUAAAAAAUGAAAGCUCCUUGAGUGAAGAUCAUGCUUUGCCUUGUCCAAUUUCUUCUGAAGCUGAAAGUUAUUCAUUCCAACUUCGCCCUAAGAAUUUUUCUAAAAGUUUCCGGUCCCACUUCUCUGCUGGCAAAACUGAAGGAAAUAUUUCCAAGAUGUCAUCACGUGGUACAACUGAGAGACACAACUUGCAAGAAUGUUUCAUCUCACCUACAACUUCAGCCAUGAAUGUUUGUGCCACGCCCUCGCCCAGUUCUGAGACAUUCACUGGCUUCAGACAAAUUGGUGCUGACCUGAAGGCUUCACUGUCCAGCAUCAGACGAAGCAGCAAACGAAGUUCAAUGGAGGCAGAGGCAGCAGAGCUGGGGAGUGAGGCGAGCAGCUGUGGCAACUGCAGUCAGCUACGCCGCGCCCUGGCAGCGACGGAGGAUCGCCUGACGGCGCGCACUGAGGAGCUGCAGGCCGCCAAGGAGGGCAUCGAGCUCCUGCAGCAGGACCUGGCGCUGCUCUACCGUCAGAGACAGACGAGUUCCCGACUGGACGAGGUGAGCGGCAGCGAUGAGCAUCUACUGGAAAUUCUCCGAGAAAAAGAUCGCGCGUUGGUCGAGUUCGAACAGAGCGACUGUCGCCAGAAGAAUGAGAUCGCUGAACUGAGACAGCAGACGCGGCAUCUCAGCGAGCAGGUCGACCUCCUCUCAACGCUCGUCAAAGCUAAGGACAAUGCCAUCAGAAGCAUCUCUGACGAGCUGCAGGAGUUCAAGACAUCACACGCCGUGGCCGGCCGAGGAGAGCGGAUGUGCAGCUUCUUGGACGCCUCUGUGGUGAACAUGAGAUGUCCUCUACAAAGUUCGGCUCCGCCUUUUAUUCAUUCUGAACGCAACUCGGAGAUCGAGUCACUUUUGUCCAGCGUCGCUGAGGAACCGCCUGCGUCGGCCCCAAGGAGCGACUUGCAGGGCAGUAGGUCGUCCCUUGCACCAACGCCGGGCGUGCGACGUAACACUUCGCCUCAAACCGUGUUUACUAAUUCAUCUCAAAUCUUACCACGCCUGGUUAGUGGUAACUCUAAGAAACCUUAUGAUCGUGCGUGCUCUGACUCGGCGCCUGAGUUGUCCAACUCGCCUGACCUCGUGACGGAUCUGCCGAGUGCAGGUCUCCUGAAUGCCGAUACUGAUGCUGUCAGGGGCAGCUGUUGGUCUGGUCGUCUCAAUGAACGCAGCCACGCACCAACGAAUGCGGCUGAUGUUGCUAGCGAGCUAAAUCGUGGUCCACCUCAUUUCUUUACUUCAAAUGCUGAGGUUGAAUGGCGCUCAGGAAGGGAUCAUUUGGUGCCGGGAGUCAAAAGUCUCCGCUAUGAUCAUUCGGCCGUCUCUGGCCGGGACGAUCAUUCGGCCGUCUCUGUCGGGAACGAUGUUCAAGUCGCGGUGGUCGGCGUGGAUCUGGGAUCAGAUCAGUUCGAUGUGGCCCUGAAAGGUAACCCGCGGACGUCAGCAGGAGCCACUGAUAGCUUGACCCGCACGCCUCCUUCUGGACGAAGUAAUGACCUGGACAGUGUCCUGCCAGAGAGGAACCGCUACCCAGAGUCCUGCGGCCAGUCCAGCGCGCCUGUUGCUGACCUGGAUAGCGUCCUGCAGGAGAAGGACCGCUACCAAGAGUCCUACCUCGCCUACAAGGCGCAGAACGCAUUCCUACACAAGCAGAUCGUCGACCUCAGCCGCGCGUCCGACUUCAUGAAGCAGCGCGAGGAGCGGAUCAGAUACGAGUGUAGCGUGUGGGAGGCGAGGUACCAGCGUGUACACAGCAAGUACCUGGUGCUGUGUGUGUGUACAGCGAGUGUAGCGUGUGGGAGGCGAGGUACCAGCGUGUACACAGCAAGUACCUGGUGCUGUGUGUGUGUACAGCGAGUGUAGCGUGUGGGAGGCGAGGUACCAGCGUGUACACAGCAAGUACCUGGUGCUCCUGAACGAUCUGCACAGUCCGCCCUCCCAGCAGCACGACAGAGACACGCUCGCCAGGAUGCUCUCCGACGCCCUCGCCCACACACCGCAGCUCGGGGCGGUGAGCAGGCGCGGCAGGCUGUACGACGAGUGCGGCUUCUGCGUGAGCCCUACAGACGAGGACGGCCUGCAGCGCUGCGCCGCCUCCCUAGGCCGGCAGGCCCAGACCUGCACUACGGAGGGCCUUA